AUCUCGUUGUCUUGGCUUCUCAGCGUGCUUGGGCCAUCGUGCUACUCGUUGACGCUUGCCGGGAGGAUUGUUUGGGUAGCAAAAAGUUGCUCUGACUUCUUGGGCAUCCUGCCAACAUGUCUGGGGAUGAAGAAAAACCCGAGCAGACGGUCGCCGAUGACUUGGUGGUGACCAAGUAUAAGAUGGGAGCCGAGAUCGCCAACCAGGCCCUGAAGAUGGUGGUUGAGGCAGCUCUGGCUGGCGUGUCGGUGCUCAGCCUGUGUGAAAAGGGAGAUGACUUCAUCAUGAAAGAAAGUGGGAAAAUCUUCAAGAAGGAGAAAGAGAUGAAGAAAGGUAUCGCCUUUCCGACAUGUGUGUCGGUUAAUAACUGCGUGUGCCAUCACUCUCCGCUUAAGAGUGACCCCGAUGUUGUACUUAAGGACGGGGAUCUCGUCAAAGUUGAUCUUGGCGUGCACGUGGAUGGCUUUAUCUCCAACGUGGCCCACAGCUUUGUUGUUGGUGUGACCAAGGAAAAGCCCCUCACAGGCCGCAAGGCUGACGUGAUGAUGGCAGCUCAUCUGUGCGCUGAGGCUGCACUGCGCCUUGUCAAGCCCGGAAACCAGAACACACAGGUCACAGAGGCAUGGAACAAGAUUGCAAAGUCAUUCAAGUGCUCGCCAAUCGAAGGCCUGCUGUCCCAUCAGUUGAAACAACACGUCAUAGAUGGAGAGAAAACGAUCAUACAGAACCCAACGGACCAGCAAAGGAAGGACCAUGAAAAGGCUGAGUUUGAGGUGCAUGAAGUGUAUGCAGUGGAUGUGCUCAUCAGCACUGGAGAGGGGAAGGCAAAAGAUGGUGGCCUGAGGACCACCGUUUACAAACGAGACCCCGACAAGGUGUACGGAUUAAAGAUGAAAACCUCUCGCACGUUCUUCAGUGAAAUGGAAAGGCGGUUCGAUAAAAUGGCUUUCACUCUGAGGGCGUUUGAGGAUGAGGGCAAGGCCAGGCUGGGUGUGGUAGAGUGCACCAAGCAUGAGCUGCUGCAACCAUUCAACGUUCUCCAGGAGAAGGAGGGUGAAUUUGUAGCUCAGUUCAAGUUCACUGUGCUGCUCAUGGCCAACGGACCGCUGCGGAUCACAAACAGCCUCUAUGAACCCGAAAUGUACAAGUCGGAGAACGAGGUGGAGGAUGCAGAGUUGAAGACUUUGCUUCAAAGCUCAACCAGUCGUAAGACGCAGAAGAAAAAGAAAAAGAAGGCCUCAAAGACUGUGGAGAAUGCGACAGGACAACCGACGGAGACGGAAGCUGCAGAAUAAAUCUGCCCAUUGAGGAAUUUGUGACGCAACCAAAGAACAGACGUCAUAUUCGCUUCUGCCCCAGCUGUCAGAGGCCCUUGUGGCAAGGUGACACCUCUGAAAUCCAACAGAUGUCAAUCUGGGAUGAGGCUGCUCUUAAAUUUCUUAAUUUGACCACACGCUGUCCUGACACAUCCUGAGUAAAUCUUACUGUCCUUGAGAGACAAUUUGUGUCUGCAACAGUGGGCGAAACUCAUCCAGAGCAAAUUGUCACAGGAAUAUUUAGCCAUUUGACCUCAGGCCUCAUCCCCCGUUUGCCACAUAAGAUGUCGUCAAAUAAAAUGAGUUUCAGAUGCCAAGUUGAUGAAGAAUGCUAACCUCAAUGACCUGAAGCGUGUCCAAGAAACGGAACUUCAAUUUGUGUGGUCAUAAUAUUGUUGGAAUCUUAAAUCCUGAUGCAGCUACUCUCACCUGAGUUAUCGUUCUGACACCAACAAUAAUAAGCCUAAUAUUGUGCUGCUAUUUAUACACUUCAAGGCAUCAAGAAUACUUGGUGGGCAAUAUCGAUCGCAAGCAUAACAGGAGGAUCAAGUGAACAGAUGAGGAAUAAAUCUAUUUUUUUCUUAACUGUGCAUGUUCCAACCUGUUACGGGUUCUGCAUUCAGUCUUGUGCCUCCAUCAGGUCUGACAGUCUGUGUUUACAUAAGAAGUCCAGAUGUGGAUGCUUUUGUAAAAACAAACCACUAUUUCAGAGACUAUUUUUGGAAUCAUUAAAAGCCAUCUGACAUCA